AGGGCAGGAUGCAGUCUUCAAACCACCGGCUACGAGAUAUGGAGCAGCACCACGCACUGCUGUCGGCUGGUGCAGACGUGGAGACGGGGAGCCUGGGAGCUGGAGUGAUGGUUGGGGGACCCCACUCGGGCCACACAGCUGGAAACCGUACACUGUGGUUCAUUCAGGACAGCUGUGGGAUGGUGUGUGCGACCAUGACCUGGUUCCUGGUUCUGUACGCUGAGUUUGUAGUGAACUUCGUCAUGCUUCUGCCCGCCAAGAACUUCUGGUACUCACUGCUGAACGGGGCCACCUUCAACUCCCUGGCUGUGCUUGCACUGGCCUCGCACAUGCGCACCAUGCUGACUGACCCGGGUGCAGUUCCCAAGGGCAAUGCGACCAAGGAGUACAUGGAGAGCCUGCAGCUUAAGCCUGGUGAAGUUAUCUACAAGUGUCCAAAGUGUUGUAGCAUCAAGCCUGAGAGAGCACACCACUGCAGUAUUUGUAAACGGUGCAUCCGGAAGAUGGACCAUCACUGUCCCUGGGUCAAUAACUGCGUGGGUGAAAAGAAUCAGAGAUACUUUGUGCUUUUUACUAUGUAUAUUGCACUGAUUUCUGCCCAUGCUCUUGGCCUCAGCGGGAUGCAUUUCUUCACAUGUAUUAAGGUCCAGUGGAACGAGUGCAGUGACUUCUCUCCAGGGGUGUCCGUGUUGCUCCUGAUCUUCCUCUGUCUCGAAGCCAUCCUCUUUCUCACUUUUACAGCUGUAAUGUUUGGCACGCAGAUUCACUCCAUCUGCAAUGAUGAGACGGAGAUUGAACGUCUAAAAAACGAGAAGCCGACGUGGGAGCGUCACAUGAGAUGGGACGGGAUGAAAUCUGUGUUUGGGGGUCCACCGUCUCUUCUGUGGUGUAAUCCCUUCACGGGAUUGCGUCUGCGGCGCUUGUUGCUGUUGAGCUACGGUCGCCGUGGUGGCUCUGAGUUUUCUGUCUGA